ACUGCAAAAGUUGAGUUUUUCAGUCCUUGUCUCCCUCUCCAGACCCGUUUCUAACUGCUGCGGUCCCCUCCAGCUAACAAAAGCCUGCAACUUCCUGUUAAAUACAAGGAGAGGCCAGAGGAAGCGACACUGUAGAAGUUCUAAAGCCCCCAUUUUUUUCGUUCUACUCUCGUAUUUUCACCCCUUUAAGUUCACUACAUUCUGUUUCAGAGCUGUGUUUUCUGAGACUUUGUGGAGAUCUGAAGGUUCAAGAUUCAAAAUUCUGUGUUAGAUUUAUUAGAUGGCUGGCCUGAAGCUGGGAUCAAAAUCUGAUGCCUUCCGUCGUCAAGGGAUGGCCUGGUUCUGCACUACUGGCCUUCCCAGUGAUGUUACAGUUGAAGUUGGAGAAAUGUCAUUCCAUCUCCACAAGUUCCCUCUGUUAUCCAAGAGCAUUCUUCUUGAAAAGCUGAUAACCGAAAAAUCCAAGGAAGAAGAAGAAGAAGGGGGCUGUUUAAUCAAGCUUCAUGAUGUUCCUGGUGAUUCAAAAUCAUUCGAACUCAUCGCCAAGUUCUGCUAUGGAGUUAAGCUAGAAUUUACUGCUUCGAAUGCCGUAUACCUCCGCUGCGCCGCCGAAUAUCUCCAAAUGACUGAAGAAGUCUCCGAAGGGAACUUAAUCUCACAGACUGAAACAUUCAUAAAUCAAGUCGUUCUUCGUAGCUGGAAAGAUUCAUUGAAAGCCCUCCAAACCUGCGACGAUCUUCUUCCUCACGCCGAAGAUCUUAACAUCACAAAACGAUGCAUCGAAUCAUUAGCUGUUAAGGCUUGUAAAGAUCCAAAUCUAUUCGGCUGGCCAAUGAUGGAGCACGGAUCGAUGCAGAGUCCCGGCGGAAGUGUUCUCUGGAACGGAAUUAGUACCGGAGCAAGGCCGAGAAGUUGCAGCUCAGAUUGGUGGUAUGAAGAUGUUGCUUCUCUGAGCUUUUUGACAUAUAAGAGGUUGAUAGCAGUAAUGGAAUCCAGAGGUAUAAAACCAGACAUUAUUGCGGGCUCCCUCACCUCCUAUGCUAAAAGGCAUAUCCAUGGAUUAAACAAGAGACAGAACACAGCAAACGCGACUUCGGAUUCCACUCUCUCCGAGGAGAAACAACGAAAUCUUCUUGAAGAAAUCGACAGAUUGUUGCCUUUUCAGAAGUCCAUAACAUCUACUAAAUUUCUGUGUAAUCUUCUCCGCUUCGCCUUGAUUCUGAAAGCGAGUUCUACGUGCGUGUCGAACUUGGAACGUAGGAUAGGAUUGCAACUGGACGAAGCUGCUCUGGAAGAUUUGCUGAUGCCAACAUUUUCGUACUCCAUGGAAACGCUUUACGAUGUCGAUUGCGUCCAGAGAAUUCUGGAGCACUUCCUGGCUAUGGAGCAGGAGGUGGGUAAUGCCUCUCCUGGUCUCGUAGAUGACGAACAGUUGAUUCGUUCUCUUUCGCUGAUGCCGAUCACCACUGUGGCGAAGCUUAUGGAUGGAUUUUUAGCUGAGAUUGCACCAGAUGUGAACUUGAAGUUGCCUAAGUUUCAGUCUCUUGCAGCUGCUGUGCCUGAAUAUGCCCGCCCGUUGGAUGAUGGGCUUUACCGUGCGAUUGAUAUAUACUUGAAGGCACACCCAUGGAUUUCAGAAUCUGAAAGAGAACAGCUUUGCCGGUUAUUGGACUGCCAGAAGCUCUCCCUCGAAGCCUGCACUCAUGCAGCGCAGAACGAGAGGCUUCCGCUGCGAGUCGUCGUCCAAGUCCUCUUCUUCGAGCAACUCCAACUCAGAACCUCGAUUGCCGGAUGCUUUCUCGUCUCAGACAACCUCGACGGCGGUUCUCGAGCGCUGAGGAGCGGCCAUGUUGGUCUCACCGAGGGUGCUGGUUGGGCUACUUCUGUGAGGGAUAACCAGGUCCUGAAGGUCGGGAUGGAUCACAUGAGGACGCGGGUUUCCGAGCUCGAGAAAGAGUGCUCGACGAUUAGGAAGGAGAUUGCGAGAUUGGGACAGGAGAGGAGUGGGGGUUGGGCUGUUGUUCCAAAGAGGUUUGGCUUCAGGAUCAAGUUGCAGAUGUGCAGUGCAAAGGAGGGCUCAGCCAGUGGGCAUCAGAGGAGCACAAGUGAGAAGAUUGAGAUGCUCAAUGCAAAGCUUCAGAAACAUAAGAGGAGCUUAUCUGUUGAAAAGUAAGCUUUUUCUUUUUUUUUUCAUCCUGCAAUAUCAUGUUUGUUGUUUCUUUUUCUUUUAUUUUUUUGUAUGAUUUGUAAACUGUUUAUCAUUUAGGAAUUUCAUUCUUUUCUAUGGACUGUCUGCCUGUGCCUGAUGGAUUCUAAAAGUGGGAAUGGAA